AUGGCGAGAAAAAGAAAUAGAAAAUCAAAGCGGGCUGCAAAGUCCAAGUCGAAGCCCAAAGAUCUGCUCUUUUGGAGUUAUACCGAUCGACUCGAACUUCUGGCGCAUCUUAAUUGGUGUGUACAAUAUGAUCAGAAAUUUGAAAGCACUGCUAUCGCCUACCUUAAAAAUGCUACAGGCAAAGAAUUUACUUCACGCCGCAUUCGCGACAAGCUAAAGAGGGAAUGGAGAAAUUAUGGAACAUGCGACGAUUUCGAUGACCUAUUUUCCCUUGGGACAGCUGGUCUUGAAGAGUUCAAAGGUCAAGAGCUGCAAGAUUUUCUCGAAAUUUGCUCCAAGUUCGAUCCUCCAGCGGACGAUCAAACUUGGAGUCGCCGCCUACGCAGUGGAUCUACAGCCUUUCCUGUAAGAUCACGCACGCUGUCAGUUACACGAGCCACUGGGUCGAGAGAAGAAUACGCACCGUCUUCUCCACAGAGCAUCGUGCUGAAAAAGAUCCAGAGAAAGCCGAAGCUCAGAACGAGAUCACAAACACGCUUCGAGGUAACACGAGGGGGCCGUGACGCCUGCGAGAGCGACGAUGAGCUUACAAGAGGGGAGGACCUACACAAAGUCAAAAGCGAAUCGGGGUCUGAACUCAGCUCUAUAUCUUCGCCUGGAUCAUUGGACAUUGAGCUCAAUUUUGGACCUGCUAUUCCAGACUCCCGACAGAGCACAGUGUCUGACAUGGCACAAACGCCUCCGACUUCAUCUGAUCUGGCAAACUUGCGAAAGGCCGAAGCAGAGCUCCUCCAGCAGAAAGGACGUGUAGUCUCGCUGAUUGGCCAGGUAUCCAAACUCCAAUACGAACUUGACGAUCUGCUCCGGCGUCAACGAAUUAGAGCGACAGGAUCUGACCAAGACAUGUUGAGAACAACUAUUUUCAACCUCAAACAGAAGGCAGGCGCUCGGGACCACAUAUUCAAAUGUUUUGAAGCGCUGGAAACAGACAAUGUCGCAUUUGCUGGUACAUCCUUGAAACAAGAGUGCAACGUUCUUUAUUUCAACCUUGACGACGCAGGUGCGUCAAUAUGCAACAUGAGCCCGGACGACAGUCUUCCUGGGCAAACAUCUGAGUUUUCAGAAUUAUCGCAUAGCUGGGCAAGACGGAUCAGCGGUAGAGCUAUGAGAGGGCUUCUCGCUCAUGCCCAGAACGUUAAAAUCACAAAGAAUAAGCUGUUAGCUUGCUUAUUGGCAGUAGGAAUAUUUGAGACGGUCUUUGAGCCUGCUUUUCCAGAAAUACUAGGAAUAGACUCACCGCUUUUCCAGCAAUACAGAACUCUCAUUGCAACCUCGGCUGGAACCAAGAUUUUGCGAUCAUUCGACCUUGCUGCGACACGAUCGCUACUGAACAACCCCACUGUCAAGGAAGAGCUUCUGUCAGAGAAAGGUGAUUGGCUCUGUACUCUGAUGCUGUCGAGCCUAACCCGUUUUCUGCCCUCCGCGAGUCACGACAUGGCCGAGCGCUCACCAGUCGACCUUUCUGAAGAAGAGGAGACUUUGGUUAUAGAGCUAAAGAGCAAUCUAUCUCAGGCUCUAAAUAUCAAAUUAGAGCUAGCGUUAUCAGUGAAUCGGUUUCAAUACUAUUUCUUCCAACCAGGGAGUUCAUUCGACUCGGCACUCAUGCAACAUGAUACAUCCAACGCUAGGGACCUUGCGAUGGGCAGCAAGAAAAUAAAAAUAUGCAUGUUCCCAGCCAUCUUCUCCGUCGAGGGGCAGACGAACGAACUAGAGAAGGACAUAGCAAGUGAUUUAGGGGGAAAUCACAAUAGUGUGACAGAGGCAAGAUCGGAUGAUCUCAAAUCACUCAAAGUUGUUGCAAAGGCUAGGGUUUUACUAUAA